AUGUUCGACCUCAUCGUCGUAGGUGCCGGUUUCUCCGGCCUGCAGGCUGCUAUUACAGCACAACAAGCUGGCCUUUCAGUCGUCGUCCUGGAAGCACGCGACCGCAUUGGCGGGAAGAUCUGGAGUGUCCCGCUUGCCUCUGGUCGAGGGUACGCUGACUUGGGUGGUGCUUGGAUCAAUGUCAACCUGCAAAAGCGGGUAGGCGCAUACAUAAAGAAAUUUGGUCUGAAGACUGUAGAACAGCGACUAGAAGGAAGGGCGAUCAUGCAGGAAGCUGCGAACGAGAGGUUCGAGUUUCCGUUUGGGGUCACUCCAUCUGAUUGGACUACAGAAGAAAAGGAGAAUCUGGCAAAGAUUCGCGAUCACAUUCAAGCCGAGUCGCUGAAACCUGGCCCUCCUCGGGCUGAUGAUGACAACGUCACCCUCGAGCAAUACAUUCGUAAUCUCGGAGCAGGGCCGAAGACAAUCAAAAUGGUAAACCUUUGGGCGCGGGUUAUGCAUGGGCUGGAAUCGUCCGAGUACUCCGCUGCUUGGUUCAUCGAUUACUGCCGCUGCAACCACGGUCUUUUGGCUAUCCGUGCGGAUGACUCGAGCGGCGGGCAGCAUCUGCGGUUCAGAGAUGGCUCUCAAUCCCUUGCAAACGCCCUCGCAUCCCUCGUCGGCCCCUCCAACAUCCAUCUCUCGUCCCCGAUCGCCACAAUCGAGGAUCUAUCCACCCACACGAUUAUAACAACAACAUCUGGCAAGUCCUUCGCAGCGCGCAAAUGUAUCCUCUCCAUCCCCAGCACCAUGUACAAAGAGCUCAAUAUCCAGCCUCCUCUCCCGCCCCGAGUGCAGGAAGUCACCAACGCCACCGUGCUGGGCGAUUACAACAAAGCCAUUGUAUGCUACGAUCGGCCCUGGUGGCGCGAUAGCGGAUUCAAUGGCUAUUUCGCCUCGUACAGCGGGCCGGUAAUACUGGCUAGGGACACCUCCGUUGAUGAAGUCCGUCAUUACUCUCUGACCUGCUUUGUGAAUGGCAACGAGGGGAGGAAGUGGGGCAAGCUCAUCCCUCAUGAGCGAAGAGCGGUGGUCAUUAAGCAGUUGACUAAGGUGUUCAACGCUGGUGACAACAACGAUCACGAGGUGUACAAACCCAUUGAAGUAUUUGACCAGGUUUGGCAGCAUGAGAGGUAUAGUCGUGGGGCGCUGGCGCCGAUCACCGCACUGGGCCAUAUGACGCGGUUCGCGGAUGUCUAUGGCAAGCCUGUGGGUAAUUUGCAUUUUGUUGGAACUGAGUAUAGCAAUGAGUGGAGGGGGUAUAUGGAGGGUGCGCUGUGUUCGGGUGAGGUUGGGGCAGCGGAGGUUAUCAAGGCCUUGAGUGGAAGGGGAAGGGCAACUCUGUGA